AGAUGCGCGCGCAUAUAUUCAACGACAGUCAGCCCGACUACCAGUCAAUCCGUGGAGCGCUUAUCGUAACGAUCGAACUCUAUCGAGUCCAUCGUAUUCGUUCAUAUACACGUAGCUUCGCGCGCGAUAAAUCUUGAACUUCAAAGGAUUUUUUAAAGCAAACCUAAAACAUAAAUAUGGCGGACGCCGCCCAUGGGAAAAUCGAAGAUAACCCAAAAAUAUUAUCGGGGCCAGUAUUAACAAAUUCGCCCAAUGCGGUCCUGUCGAAGACCCUCCUCGGCCGGUACAACGACCUGCCGCUGCCCGCAGACGACAUCCUCGCGACCUACAUUUGGAUCGACGGCACUGGCGAACACCUCAGAUGCAAAGACCGCACUCUCAAAUUUAUACCAAAGACCCCAAAAGAUUUGCCAGUGUGGAACUUCGACGGCAGCUCUACUGGACAGGCGGACGGCCACAACUCAGACACGUGGCUGGUGCCGCGAGCCAUCUACAAGGACCCAUUCCGCCGGGGAAACCAUAUCUUAGUCAUGUGCGACACAUUCAAGUAUAACAUGGAGCCAACAACGACAAACAAUCGUCUGAAAUGCCAAGAAGCCUACGACAAGUGCAAAGACGACGAGCCGUGGUUCGGUAUCGAGCAGGAGUAUAUCCUCCUGGACGCAGAUCUGAGGCCCUUCGGUUGGCCACCGGGCGGCUUCCCCCCGCCGCAGGGUCCCUACUACUGCGGAGUUGGUGCCAACAAAGUGUUCGCUAGAGAUCUCGUUGAAGCUCACUACAGGUGUUGUCUGUUCGCUGGUGUGCCCAUUUCAGGCACAAAUGCCGAGGUGAUGCCUUCACAGUGGGAGUUCCAAGUCGGACCAUCGGUCGGAGUGACUGCUGGUGACGACUUGUGGAUCGCUCGCUACAUUCUGCACAGACUUGCUGAGGAGUACGGAGUCAUUGUGACUUUCGACCCUAAGCCGGUCCAGGACUGGAACGGAUCCGGAGCGCACACCAAUUUCUCUACAAAGAAAAUGAGAGAUGAAAAUGGCAUAAUUGAGAUCGAGAAGGCCAUCGACAAGCUGUCGAAGGUGCACAUGAAGCACAUCAAGGUAUACGACCCGCGCGGAGGCAAGGACAACGAGCGCAGGCUCACCGGGCUCCAUGAGACCGCCAGUAUUAACGACUUCAGCGCCGGCGUUGCAAACCGCGGCAGCAGCAUCCGGAUCCCGCGCACGGUGGCCGAGGAGAAGAAGGGCUACCUCGAGGACCGACGGCCGGCCUCCAACUGCGACCCCUACUCCGUUAUCGACGCACUCAUGCGCACGUGCAUACUCAACGAAUAACAGAAUGAAGCCACAGCAGCGCCUUCGUCACGUGUCAGUUAACACGCACCUACUACACCAGCUCCAUGUGCCUAUAAGGGUUGUGGCCUUCAAUUCACAAAAUUUCCUGAGAGCACAUAUAUUAGCACAAAUAAAUUAUAAAUAAAUUUAUCCUAUCCUUCUUUACAAUUUGUCAUUGAAAGUCACAGCCCACAACUAGAAUAAGUAAUUCCAGAACAAUUAUACUUUACAUACAUACACCCGUCUAAUUAAUUUUAUUCGUAAUAUCUGUAUUAUAGCACUUUAUACACUCAUAGUAUAAUUUACAAGUUUUAUACAUUUUUGCCUUUUCGACGGGUUCUUAUAAAAGUAGACACUGAACAAUUACUUUUUACGAUCAAAUGUUUUAUGAAAUAAAAAUGUGGCACGGAUGAAGCACGCAAUAGCCGACUCAUGUUUUGGAUUAGAGCGGACCACAUAAGAUAUUAUACAAAUAUUAUAUAACAAUAGAAUAAUUUUACGAAUAUUAUGUGAUAUUUAAAAUUAAUCGUUAAUUUUGAUGUUGAAUAGUUUGUUUAUCGAUACGGUUAGUCACAUAUCAUUAUUUCUAACAAGUUCAUUUAAAUAAUAAGUAAAAUCAUCAUUUUAACGUUCUCAUGCGAUACGACGUGACAGCCGAGGUGGCACCGCGUCAGCCUCGGGGAUAAUAUAUAAUAUCGAUAAGUACCAAAUAUUGAUCACUAAUGAGUUACAAUUUGAUGUAUGAAAAAAUUUAUCACCCAUGUGAAGUAAUGGCCUUUUCAAUAAUAAGCACAUAAUUCCAGCCAUCUGAGUACCUACUUGUAAGGCAUAACUUGAAUUGCCUCGAAAUAUAGGUAGUUAUUUACAAUAUAUAUUUACUUUUAGCAUUUUAAUUUUAUGAAUUAAGCAAAAUAAUAUUUAAAGUUGUAUAUUAUGAGCACGUUAUGUUUAUAUAGAGAUGUUAUAAAAAAUAAAGUGUAAUUUUAUUCAUAACAA